AAACUCCCGGACUCGCAUCUGCAGCCACCGCCCGCCGCUGCGAGCCUCGGAGAGCGCACAGCGCGGAGCUGGGAGCGCCGGGAGCAGCAGCGUAAGGCGGCCGGGGUCCAUGUAACGCCCCGGGGCGAGCUGUCCUGAGCUGCCGUGGCCCAGCCGCUGCCUGUCCGCACGCCCCACGCAGCCCGCCUGCACGGCCGUCAUGGAGUCCAGAGGGAAGUCGGCCAGCAGCCCCAAGCCCGACGCCAAGGUGACCCAGGCCGCUGCCGAGGCCCGAGGCCCCCCGACUGCAGACGGGAAAGCCCCCUCGGCCAAGCCCGGGAAGAAGGAGGCCCCGGUGGAGAAGCAGGAGCCACCGGUGGCCCCCACCCCGCCACCCGCCAAGAAGCCCUCGGCCAAGGCAGACCCCGCCCUUCUCAACAACCACAGCAACCUGAAGCCAGCCCCUGCAGCCCCCGGCAGCCCCCACGCAUCCCCCGAGCCCAAGGGCCCUGGGGAUGGGGCUGAGGAGGACCAGGCGCCCAGUGGGGGCCCCGGGGGGCGAGGCCCCUGCCCCUUCGAGAACUUGACGCCCCUGCUGCUGGCCGGGGGCGUGGCUGUGGCAGCCGCAGCCCUGAUUCUGGGGGUGGUCUUCCUGGUCCGGAAAAAGUGAGGGCGGCUGGCCCCCCGGGCGGAGGCCCAGCCCCUCCCUGUACAGACCUCGGGGACCCUGUGCAUGCGAAUCCACUCACAGCUAUCUAUCCGUCCCACGUAAAAAACACACACACCAACGCCCCACAGACACGCAGCGGGAGAGGUGGACGGGCCCUGGCCGUGGAAGCUGACCCCCUUGGCUGGCCCCCAGCGCACCCCCCCACCUGCCAGGCGGCAGCAGCCGGGGCUCCGGGGUCACCGCAGCACAGGGCGGAGCUGCAACGUCAGGCAGGGGCCUCAGGGGGCUGGGGUCCCUGGGGGCAGUGGACAGGCUGGACCCCGAGCGUGGCCCACCCAGCCACCGGUCACUGUGCCAGCCUGUCCCGAGGGGCCUCGGCGGUCCCGUGGGCUGCCCGGCAGCAGCUUCAUGACGAGCCCCCAGGGCAGGGGAGGGCCCCGAGGCUGACGGGUCCCGGAUGGGCUCUGCCCUGGGCCCAGCCACCUGGGGAUAUUAAAGGGUGUGGCCGGUUCA